AUGGAUAGGAACAUUCUUGAUGCUGCAAAGGGUGGAGCACUUGUCAAUAAAACUCCAACUGCUGCCAAAGCCUUGAUUGAGAACAUGUCACUCAACUCCAAACACUUCACAACCAGAACAAGCCAAAGGAUCAAACCAACUCCUGCCCAAACAGUUGUGAAUCCAAAAGGCCCUAAUGCUAAUGUGAGUGCAAUUUCUUUGAGAUCCGGGAAGGGUACAAAGUAUGCAAAUUUUUUGAAAGACUUGUGCACAAGUAAGAGAAGGUUGAAGGGAAAUGAGAGAGUAAAUUUGGGACAAAUUAUUUCAGCCCUUAUCCAGCCUAAACAUUCACCUGAAAAAGCUACUGCUUCAUCCCUCAAUCAGGUCAUACCCCAAAAGUGCAAGGAUCCAGGAACUUUUGCUAUUCCAUGUACCAUUGGGGAUAGUAAAUUCGAAAAUUGCAUGCUUAAUUUGGGAGAGGGCAUUAAUGUUAUACCUACUUCUGUUUAUAAUAACCUUGAUCUUGGUCCUUUGCAACAUACAAGUUUAAUCAUUAAACUGGCGAACAGAAGAAAUGCGCGCCCUAUUGGAGUAGUGGAAGAUGUGCUUGUUCAAGUUAAUGACUUGAUUUUUCCUGCGGAUUUUUACAUUCUGGACAUGUAUGGAAAAACAAAUUCAAGAAGAUCACCCGUCAUUUUAGGAAGACCAUUCAUGAAAACGACAAAAAUAAAAAUUGAUGUUGACGGUGGAAUCGUGUCCAUGGAAUUUGGUGACAUUGUCGCGAAAUUUAAGAUUUUCGAUGCCAUGAAACAUCCCUUGGAGGAGCAUUCCAUUUUUCAUAUUGAAUUGAUGUCUGAGUUUGUUGAUGCCAUUUUUUCUGAAUUGUUUUCACUUGAUUUCCAUCUCUAUCUGGGUUUGAUGUUGCUUAUUCAUGGUAACAUUUCUCCUACAAGUGAAGUUGUCAUUGAAGCUGUUUAUGCAGUUGAAGCUCUCGACAUCCCGGCUGCCCCAAACAUCCCAUCCAUUGAGCAACCACCUUCCCUAGAGUUGAAACAACUCUCUGAAAAUCUAAAUAUGGUUUUGAGGAAGCAUAAAAAGGAGAUUGGGUGGACAUUGGCUGACAUAUCAGUCAUUAGUCCCUCAAUGUGUAUGCACAAGAUUUUACUUGAAGAUGGUUGUAAAAUAGUGAGGCAGCCCCAAAGAAGGCUUAAUGCUUUGAUUCUUGAUGUUGUGAAGAAAGAGGUAACCAAACUCUUGCAAGCAUGUAUCAUAUAUCCUAUCUCUAACAGUAAAUGGGUAAGCCCAUUGCAGGUUGUACUUAAGAAAUCUGGACUCACAGUAGUCAUAAAUGAAAAUAAUGAACUUGUUCCCACUAGAGUUCAAAAUAGAUGUAGAGUUUGUAUUGAUUAUAGGAGAUUGAAUCAGGCUACUAGGAAGGAUCACUUCGCUUUCCUGUUCAUUGACCAAAUGCUUGAACGACUAGCUGGUAAAUCACACUAUUGUUUUGUUGAUGAUUUUUCAGAUAGAUGCCUCGAAACUGACCUUGUUUUAAAUUAUGAAAAAUGUCAUUUUAUGCUCGAACAUGGAAUUGUCUUGGGUCACAUAAUUUAUGAAAAGGGAAUUUCAUUAGACCCUACUAAGGUUGAUGUUAUUUCUAAACUUCCUUACCCAUCUUGCAUUCGUGAGAUUCGUUCUUUUCUUGGUCAUGCAAGUUUUUACAGGCGCUACAUAGAGGAUUUCAUCAAGAUAACUCUUCCGUUGUCAAACUUGUUGAAGAAUGACGUAACUUUCAACUUCGAUGAUAAUUGCAAAAAGUCUAAUUACACCACCACUGAAAAGGAACUUCUAGCUAUUGCUUUUGCUCUUGAUAAAUUCAGAUCAUAUUUGCUAGGUUCCAAGGUUACUGUUUUUACUGAUCAUGCAACUUUAUAA